AUGGACUGCAAUGAUGACGAUCUGGACCUCUAUGGUGGUAUGGAUCCAGUACCAGUGUGUUCUUUUGCGUUGGAUCAAACUCAGUCACUAAAAGCACCUGUUUCUGCAGUUUCUGACUCUACUGGGGACAUGCAUGCAUAUCAAGGUCAUGUCCGCCAGGACACGACAGAAUCAGCCUCGAUGCAAGAUAUUGAUCUAUACCAAACUAUAGAUGCUGAUUAUACUCUUGGACAGGAAGACAAGUCAGCUGUAGUCGAUACAGAUGCAGUUGCCAAUGAAGAAAAUGAUAUGGAUGGAAAUAUGAUUACAGAAUCUAAUUCUGAUGUUUGGACAAUGAGAGUGCAGCAUCGACCUAGUAUUGAUAGCACUGCAGAUAAUGGCGAACUCGUUGAUAAAUCAAAUGUUGCUAUUCCAUCUACUCCCAACAUCCAUCAUAGUCGCAGCAUUGUUGUUCAAGAUCUUUCAUGGUGGACGAGUGAUCAAAAUAUAUUUGAUAUUCUUCGAGCAGCCGGGGUAUAUGAUCAACUGGUAGUGAGAGAGUUUGGCUUUUCAGAAAUCAAAGCUAAUGGCAAAUCCAAAGGAAUUUGCUAUAUUCAAUUUGAUACAUCCACAGCAGCCACCAAAGCCAAAGAGUUUUUUGAGCGGAUUGAUAUUCACGGAAAACCACCAUCAGUCAAAUAUGCACCUGUAUCAUUUACAUCCAAUCCAUAUCGAGGACAGGCGAAGCAACAGUCUGAUUCUGGAAAUCAAAAUGGACGAUCCUCGUCUGGUGCAGAUGUUGGAUUAAACUCUGGAAACAACGGACGUUUAGACCCACGAAUGGCAGGGUUCGUUGGAGGUGGGCAAGCUCCAAUAUGGUCUGGCCAAGGAUUUCCUCAGCCACGAUUUGAUGGAAUGCGAGGUGCUCCAAUGCCUCCUUUUCGCGUCCAAGGUCCACCAGGUACAGCUGCAUUCUUUAACCCUGCCAUGAUGCAAGGACUUAUGGGAUUUCCAGGAGGAAUGCCAGGACUUCCAGGCCAUCCUAUGCUACACAACGGACUUUCAAAAGAUGCAUUUAUGUAUGGACCACAGGGAAUCCCUAUGCCAAUCAGACAAGCUCAGCCUCGUGGUCGAUCGGGUCAAGUAUCUCAAACAUCUCCUCCGCUUCCUCAACGCAACUAUAAUCGUGAUGAUAAAGGUGUUGAGGGUGGCAAAACAUCCCGAGGACGAUCACCUUUGCCCGAUCAAGUUCGUUCAAAUACGGCGGUCAAGGAAAAGGAAGAAGAUCGGAGUCAACCUGUUACAAAGGGACCAGAAACUAAACAGCCACGCGAGACAGACCGAUUGGAGCAGCGAGAGGGUAAACGAAGUAGAACGCAUAGUGAGGACAAUGAUCGUUUGUCAAGGAAAAGAUCACCAGAUGGUAGGAAAAAAGAGGAUCGUGGAUCAGGCAGAGAGUCAAGAAGAGAAGGUGCAUCAAAGGAUGUGGAAUCACAGAAGGAUUCAAAGGAAGAACAGCGGUCUGAUCGUGGUCGUGAUUAUAGCAGGAUUAGCGGAUCUGACCGAGACCGGGAAAGAGAAAAAGAUCGAGACCGGGAAAGAGACAAAGAUCGAGAAAGGGACCGGGACCGGGAAAGAGAAAGGAAUAGAGAGCGAGAAAAAGGAAAAGGUCGAGACCGAGACCGAAACAAAGGAAAUGAACGAAACCAAGAUAUUGGUAAAACUCGUGACCAAACUGUAGAUAAGCCCGCUGAACGAAGUAUCAUUAGUCGACUAGGAAAAGGACCAGAAAGUCGUAGUCGCUCGACUUUGAGCAGUGAUGACCGAAGUAAAGGCAGAUCUGGAGACUCUAGUCGACGUGGAUCAGGAAAUGUGACAGCAGCUACAGAUAACAAGCAAGAUAAGAAACCCAGUCAUAUCCAAACGCAAGUCAAACGCUCAUCACUUGACUUUGAAACAUUUCCAUCACCAGAAGAACGACAGCCAUUAAGCGUGUACAGUCCAGUAGGAGAUAGAUGGUAG